AUUCUAUCUUAUGCUAGGUCUGUAACUAGUCCCUGAAUUUUAAUGGCAACAGCUACAAAGAAUCCUUUGAAAGAAGAGGUUCAAGAUGCUGCCAAUUUUGUACAAACAUUUCUUGCGGCGGAUAGGGAGCAACUGGAUUUGUCUGAGCUUAUUUCUGCAACUGGAAUAAGUUCUGGAAGCAUUAGCGGAACACAUGAUGAAGAUUAUCCAAAUUUACGAUUACCUCAACUCACAGAUAUUCGAAACAAACCACUGCCUCCCGAAUUAGUCGAACAAUUUGCACAUAUGCAAUGCAAUUGCAUUGUUGGUAUUUUUCCCGAAAUAGGAAGAGCAUGGUUGACUGUAGAUUCUGAUAUAUUUGUGUGGCGAUAUGCAGAUGGAGAAGAUCUAGCUUAUUUUGAUGGACUCUCUGAGACAAUAUUAAGUGUUGCACUAGUCAAACCCAAACCUGGUAUAUUCAGAGAUCACAUCAAAUAUCUUCUAGUCUUGACAACACCGAUGGAGAUUGUUAUUCUGGGAGUCAGUUUUGCAGAAGAAGACGUCAACGGCGAGAUGCACUUGCUACCAGAUCCAUUGUUCACAUUAACUUCAGAUAAUGUUUAUCUUGUUCACACUGUAUGUACUGAGACUGGCAGAAUUUUCACUGGCGGUAAAGAUGGAUGCUUGUAUGAAAUUGCUUAUCAGGCUGCUGGAGGAUGGUUUGCUAGAAAAUGUACAAAAAUUAAUCAUUCCAGAAGUAAAUUAUCAUUUCUCCUUCCAACUCUUGUCAAUUCAUGGCUCACAGAUGAUGAUUCUAUAAGUCAAAUAGUAGUUGAUGAUACAAGACAUAUUCUUUAUACAAGAUCGGAAAAGGGAGCUAUCACUGUCUACGAUCUUGGUGUUGAUGGUUCAUCCACUACAUGUGUUGCACAAAUGAAAAUGGAUUCUAUUAGACUGAGAGCAUCAGCAAUUGCGUCCACUGUUGCACCAUCUAACUUUGAUCAGAUAAUUCACAUCUCAACGAUAUCGAAAAGGGAAUCAAGGAAUAUUCAUCUUGUUGCUGUUUCUAGAUCUGGUGUUCGAAUGUACUUUAUGACAACAGCCCCUGCGCCUAUAUCUCCACCCCCUGCCACAAAUAUUAAUGGAACUCCGAUACAAACACCUAGCACAAAUGUGGCCGACAGAAGGCCACAUACCUUAGAACUUGUACAUGUCAGAUUACCACCUGGAUAUACUGCAAGCAAUACAAAUCACCCAAUGGAUGUCCACACUGCCCAUCAUAAUGCAGGCACUCUUCUUCUUGCAUCAUCACAUGCAGACAAUGAUUCAAUAUGGUGCAUCAGUAGAGAUUCUUUCAUGUUUGAGAAAAUUUUAACAGAAACUCAGAUAUCAAUGCCUAUUGAUAGUCGUCCAUGGGUAAUAGUGGAAGUACCUGAGCCCCCUUCUCCUCUUUCAGUAGCGUGCUUGCCAUUCGGAAGUACAGAAAUACCUCCUGAUCCUCCUAUACAAGUUCUUCAACAUUUUCAAAAACCAUCAGAAUACGUUGUAAUCACUGCCCAGGGUUGCCAUAUGUUCAACAAAUUGAGGCCGGUGGAUCAGCUGAGGUUUCUACUUGAAACAAGACAAGAUCCGGAGUCAGAAGCUGUUGCUAACUUUUUCAAACUCCACAGGAACGGUGAAGCUAGUGUGGCAUGUAUCAUAUUGGCAAUGUCAGGAAUGGCAGCUGACAGAAUACUGAUCGAACUUGCAGUUGCCGCAUUUCAUCGACAUAGUGGUGAUGCUUUUUACAGAUACCUGGACCAAAAUCAAGGCCCAUCUACUCUCGGACAGAACUUGCCAACACCCCAUUCUCCAUACGGUGGUCAUCAAGCAGCUAUGUCACCUAUUCCUGGACAAAGACUGCAAGAUUUGUCUGUAAGAAGCCCGGGCGGAUUACCUGUUAUAAGCACUCCUAUGCCUGGUGUUACUGCUCCAAACUUAACAUUCCAACCAAUGCAAAGUCCUAGGAUAUCUAGUCAAGCAACAAACACAGCUGCUCCAGCUGGUGUUACUUCUGAGCUAUCAUAUUCUGACAAGUUCAAAGGCCUUUAUAAGAUGUUCUGUAGGAUUGUGAGGCCGAUCUGGGAAGGAAGGCUGAUUGUGGACUAUGUUGUUACUCAGGACAACCGCCAGCAUACACUGAACAUCAAUAGAACGGAAGUUGAAAUCUUGACCCAUAUCUUGAGUGAUCUUAAUUCUUUCAAACAUUUCAUGGAAGCACACUGCCUAUCAAGAUUACCCCUAUCUGGAGGUCCAGCAAUGCUGCCACAACAAAGAUUUGAUAGCAGUGGAUUACAUGGUCAAUCACUGAUGCAGAAUGCUCUCAGAGCUCAGCAAGUUCAAGCUGCCCACGGUGAAGCAAAAUUAAUCUAUGCUUUAUAUACACUGACGGAACACACUACUCAAGUACUGGGAUUAUGGAGAUUCAUGUGUGAUCAUGAGAUGCACAUGAUAUGUAAAACAAUAUCAAAGGAAACAUUGGCAAUGUUGAAGAAUGUCACAUUUCAAGAUUUUGUUCUGGAUGGGCACCAGUUGUGUUCUGAAAUGAUAUCAGUGAUUGUGAAUAGAUACAUUGAUGAUAAUUCAGAAGUGGAUUCUCUCAAUGCUCAACUUCGACAAAUAUGUCCUUCGCUUUAUUCCUUGGAUGACGUUAUUUGCUCAAGGUCAUCAGAAUUGUUGAACUCAGCGAGACAAACUGCAGGUUCAGAUCAAGUAACAAAAUUAGAAGAAUGUCUUUCUUUGUUUCAACGUGUUGCUCAUUGUGUUAAUUUAUCUCUCGUUUCUCAACAAUUUCAAGCAGUUGGUUUUUACACUGGUGUUGUUGAAUUAUGUGCAACUGCUGCUCUGAAAAGAGACGAAAGAAACCUUGCUCUCCAUUUCUAUAAAUCUUGUGCCGAACCUGAAGAAAAUGUAGAAGGAAGAAUUGCUUAUGAGGCAAGAGCUGAAUGCUACAAAGUUAUCACAGACAUGAUGGAUGAUUUAAUGUUGGCGAGUGAGAGUCAACCACAGGCACCAAGUGUUCCUGUACAACUAGGCCCUCCAGCCCCCAACAAGCAAGGAGUUACAAAAAGCACUCAGAAUUUGCAAGCAGAGGAAGCACAACGAUAUGCUGAAAGUUGUAUGCAUCUCAUUAUGAGAUCGGAAGAUGAAUUACUUCACGUCACAAUAUAUGAUUGGAUGUUGAGAAAAAGCCUCGCCGAUAGGUUACUCAGAAUAUCAUCUCCUUACCUUGAGCAAUAUUUGAAGAGAGUAACAUCAAAUCACCCUGAUGAUCCUUUCUAUUGUGACAUCUUGUGGAAAUAUUAUGAAAGAUCUGGUGAUCAUGCUGCAGCAGCAAAAAUUUUGAUGAAACUUGCAGAUAAAUCUGGUAACAGUCACGAUUUGACCAGAAGAGUUGAAUAUUUAUCUCGCGCAAAAAUGAAUGGGAAGAGUGCAACCACUAUUACAACAGCAAGUGAAGAAGGACAAUUAUUACAUGACCUUGAAGAAAAAUUAGAGGUCGCUCAACUACAAAUGCAAAUAUUGCAAACUUUGGAAGAACUUGGACAAACCGAAGCAGUGGCUGCUUUGAAUUCACAGUUAAUGGACAUUACAAGGCUCUACAGUGAUUAUGCAGAACCCUUCCAGCUUGCCGAGUGUAAACUUGCCAUUGUACAUUGUGCUGGACAUUACGAUCCAUCUUUGAUAGAUGCUCUGUGGCAGAAUAUACUUGACCAAGAAAUUGCAAAAGUUCAAGAUCAAAUCAAUGAAAACAUAGUCACAGCUUUGUCAAUGAAGGUUUCGCAGCUUGGAAGAAAAUACAACAGUGCUAUGAGAUAUUUUCCAGUCGAAUUUCUGGUAAACUAUCUCGAGAAAGUUUCAUGUCAAAAUGAUUGGCCGGAAGGAUGGGUUUUCACUUCUUUACUUGAUGCCGGUGUGGAAAUCACACAUUUAUUGGAAUUAUAUCAAUCAGUGCACAGACAAAAGCUUCCUUAUUGGAGUGACCAUGGAAGACCUUAUCACAUUCUGCGAGUAAUUCGAAGAAUUCUUGCUGCAUUUGCUGAGAACCCAUCACAGUAUGUUCCUGCUCCACAAAGGCGGAAAUUUGUUACGAACGCACUAGACAUAAUCGCAGUUGCUUUAGUAGAACUCCAAUCAACAGUUCAAUCAAGCGAUCAUCUCAAUGAUACCAAAACAAGAUUCAAGAAUUUACAAGCACAAAUGGAACGACUUGAAACUCAAGUUGCAAGAAGAUAUUAAUAAUGUAUAAGAAAAUUUGCCAUUAACUGCCAAAUACUGAAAUUUUGAAACUGUCUAGUGUGAAAAUUUUUGACAGUAUAAUGUGUCCGCAUUUAUUCACUGUUUGAGAGUCGGGAGUUAACUUUAAAGUCAUUUCAUGUCAAUAAGCAUUUUUGUGUUAUCAGUAACUUAUUUAAAACCCCAAAUUUUGGAAAUAUACAUCUGUACCAAAUAUAUGAUGCCAUAGUACGUGCCAAAAACAAGACAUGCUUGAAUAUGGCCGAGUUCAAUUUGAGUUAAUGGCUCUCUCCCAACUUGAGAUGUGCUGGUAUCGGUAUGCCCUGCAUGCACAAUAUCGCUUCAGUGUAAUUAAUUAUAAGUCUGUUGGCUUCCCAUACGACUAUCCUACGAUUGUGUGUAUUUGAUCAUAUGUGGAACAUUUUUUAUUCUUAACUGCCUUAUUGUAUUUCCAGUGACCGUCUUGUUUUCUAAGCUUAUGAUGUUAAUUCAAGUUCAACAUGACUAGCAUAGAUACUUCCUAUCAUUGAUUUUCUCUUGAAUAUUUUUCAAUACAAUUUUUGCAGCGAACUGA